AUGGCUUUUGACAAAGUUGAUCAUCCUGUUAUAACGAUCGCGACGGUCAUUCUCGUUCUUUGGUAUACCACAACCUACCUGCAGCGGAAAUGGACGCAUCGUCAACAUAAGAUUCUCGAGCGGGCCAUCGAGCGAUUCAAGCUAUAUGGCAACACUUUUACACAGCGUCGAUUCACCCCUUUCAUCAUAACAUGCGAGCCGGAGAAUAUAAAGACAGUUUUGUCCCUCCGAUUCAAGGAUUAUGGCUUAGCAGGCCGCAUCGAUGCAAUGGGUCCGCUUUUGGGCCAUGGCAUUUUCACCACUGAUGGCGAGCACUGGGCCCAGUCGCGUGCCAUGGUCCGUCCAAAUUUCGCGAAAGAGCAAGUCGCGCACUUGGAUAUCUUUGAGGAACUAGUGAACGAACUGAUAUCGCUGAUUCCAACCGAUGGCAGAACGGUCGAUCUACAGGAGCUAUUCUUCGAGCUCACGAUCGACUCUGCAACGGAAUUCCUCUUCGGGCACAGCGUGCACAGUCUUCGGAAGCGGCGGGCUGGGGCCCGUGACAGUACAGAACAUGACUUUGCCAGCGCUUUCAAUUAUGCACAAAAGGCUAUUGUGGCAGAUCUACGCCUUGGUAGACUUAAAUAUCUCCGCCGCGACCGCAAAGUAGGAGAGUGCAUCCGAAUCUGCCAUGAACUGGUGGAGCAGUUCGUCGACAGCGCAAUGAGAGUGCGAGAGCAGUCUAGCGACCAGAAAGCGCUCCCUGUAGGGGACAGUCAUGACGCAAAGGAGAAGCAGAAGUAUCUAUUUCUGCAUGGGUUAGCCCAGCAGACGGGGGACCGCAGGCGUAUCCGCGACGAGCUAAUAAAUAUCCUCUUGGCCGGGCGAGAUACCACGGCAUCCCUGUUGAGCAACUUGUUCUUUAUGCUAGCAAAGGACCCUCGCAUCUGGAACAAAUUGCGCGAAGAGAUUGCCUUCUUAGAAGGCCGUGCGCCGUCGUACGAGCAACUGCGUAAUCUGACAUAUGUGAAAUACUGCCUGAAUGAAUCUCUUCGCCUCCACCCUGUUGUUCCAGCAAACUUGCGCUUUGCGAACACGGAUACAGUACUUCCCCGCGGUGGCGGACCAGACGGCAAGUCGCCUGUUUUCGUGCCAAAGGGCUGUACAGUCGCCUAUAAUGUCUAUGCUCUUCACCGUCGUGAGGACAUAUUCGGCCCAGAUGCAAACGAGUUCCGGCCUGAACGUUGGGCUGAGAUCCGUCCGGGGUGGGAGUACCUGCCAUUCAAUGGGGGACCACGAAUCUGUGUUGGUCAACAGUAUGCACUAACGGAGGCAGGGUAUGUCACGGUUCGGCUAGCCCAGAAGUUCUCUGUGCUUGAAAGCAAGGAUACGGGGCAGUGGGUGGAGGGCUAUGCACUGACACUUUGUUCGAGAAAUGGGACGAAGGUGGCAUUGAGCUAG